CACCAACUCCGCUUCACUUGUGUUUUUUUCUGAUUUCACUGUCAUUAAAAGUAAUUAUUUAGUGCAUAUUUUCAUAGCAACAGAUAUUUUGAAUCAACAGUGGGCUCGAUUAUGUACCAAUACAUAGUGCAGACAGUUGCGAGUGACUCUAUAAACUAAAAUCAAUAAUAAUCAGUGACCAACAAAGUGACCAAGAUGAAUUAUGAAGCGGAAAGGGCAAUGAAUCAGAAACGAUUGCGGAUGGAGGCCGAGCCGGGACACGGCGUUGUCCAGGGUAACGGAUUGCCGCUAAAUUACAUAGAUAAUGGUCAUCAGAUACCAUAUCAGCCGUAUGCCGGUGCUUAUAACACGCAUUACCCGCCGCCGGAUGCCUUUGCAGCAUAUGGCCCUCCGCCCCCGGGAGGUUACGCCCCCCAAAAUUUGUCCUACGCACCACCAGCUCACCAGAACUAUGCACAUCACCAGACUUUUCCACCACAACAACAAGCGCAGCUGCAUAUGGCCCAGUCACACAUGGGUAUGUUCCAAGGCUACGGGCCGGAGGUGGGCGUGCACAAGCCGGCGUGGCCGCCGCAGCCGCACCUGCUGCCGCCGCUGGACGCGCAGAAGCCGCUCGACAUCAAGCAGCUGAAGCCAGAGAUCAAGCUGGAGCCGGCCGACGCGCAGAAGCGCUCGCAUCCUGACGCCGAGAUGAUGGCUGGUGAUUUGGAACAACCAAAAAUAAAGAUAAAAACGGAUAUAUUCAAACCAGACGAUAUGGCGUUACGGGUGGACGAUAAGCCGCGAGAUAUUUCUAUGAAACCACAUGAAGUACCAAAACCAUUGGAUCCACAGGCAAAAGAUGACAGUCAAGCUCAACACAGGGUGGAAGGUGAUAAAAUAGGAGAAACAACGAGCGAGCUGGGCGAGGCCCGGCCCGCUGACAGCAGCGCGCCCGCCGCUGACAAGACGGAUGAAGAGCGGAAACCUUUCAGUAGUCCCGAUGCAAAUCGACCCGGAGCUACGCCGGGUAAAAUCAGCACGCCGGGAUUAGGAGAGCCGAAGAAGCGCGGGCGGCCGAAGGGCUCCACGAACAAGCCGAAGCCGGCGGGCGGCGCGUCGCCCCGCGCGCCCGCGCCGCGCCCCGCCGCGCCGCCCGCGCGCCCCCGCGCGCCCGCCUACCAGUACGCCGUGCGCCCCUUCCGCAAGGACUUCUCCGGGAUACAGUUCCGCAGGCGGUGGAGCGACGACUGCCUGGACUCGUCGCACAUCCCCAACGAGGUGUACUUCGGCGACGUGCCGGUGCCGCUGUCCGUGCUGUACAACUACUACGACGCGAACGCGGAGCGCGAGCGGCUCGCGUCGCAGGCGGCGCACAUCGCCGCGCAGAAGGCCGCCGCCGCCAAGCUGGCCGCCGCCAAGCUGCGCGGCGUCAUGAGCGCUGAGGUGACGACAGUAGAUUCAUCAUCAGACGAUGACUCUUCGGGCACGUCGGGGAGCGGUUCAGAAGAUAGUGAUGACGACGCGCCGCUAAAACGCGGCCCCGGCCGGCCAAAGGGGUCCAAGAACAGCACGCCCAAGACCCCCGGGACGCCGGCGGGCGGGGCGGGGGCGGGGGCGGCGGGGGCGGGCGCGGGGUCGGGGCGCCGCGGGCGGCCGCCCGUGCCGCCCGAGCUGCGGCAGCCCGGCAUCACCGACAUGAAGAAGUUCUGCAAGGCGGCUGGCAUACGGUUCGAUUAUAAGAAACUCGUCGAAGGUUGCACGAAAAACAAAGAGCGAGUGGCGAAAAUGCAGGAGCUGUUGACGGCCGCCGGGCUCGAGGGCAAGCCCACGCUGGAGAAGUGUCGCGCCAUCAAGCAGGCCAAGAUGGACGCCAAGGAGCGGGAGCGGCUCGCCAAGAAGGAGGCGAGGGCCAAGCCGAGGGAGGACGACGGAGCAGGCGCGGAGGGCGUGGCGCGGCGCAUGACGCGCGGCGCGACGGGCGUGAAGCCGCGCCAGCGCAUCGUCAUCUCGUCGGACGAGGAGGACGGCACGCCCGCCGCGCGCCGCACGCUCUCCAAGCUGCGCUCCAGCGUCAACGACGACUCCGACUGAGUGCGUGCCGGCCCGUAACGCUUCGUGCGGGAGUGACAGACAAUAUCGAGACAGUGAAAGUGUUGGACCUUCUAGAAAGUGCUUCGACGGGGUCCAUGACCUGUAGCGCGGACUCUUGACUUGCAACUGGUUAAUGUUAACUUUAAUACGUGACUCGGCAUAAUGUAGAAACUUAGUCGUGCGCGUGCGCACGUGUGAAGGCCUUAUGUGAAGAGCGAUCGAACGGAGAUAUCGGUGUUGCCAGAUACGCUCUUAUUCAUUUCCAAGCUAAAUUUGUAAUUUGCCCCGUUUUUGGGGAAUCCAGUAGUCUAAAGACUGCGACCACUAGACGGUGAUAUCGCAUAAGAUUUAAUGUUCGGGUUAAUGUAACGCGACGAUGGCAAUAAAGCGUGAAAGUCGAACGCAAUUGUUACCAUAUUUAAAAAAAAAAAAAUUAGAUUAAAAAUGAAACCGCAUUAUCGCGUGCCCUUUGUUGUCGUUUUGAUAAAUUUAACUAGUCAAGUGUAAAAGACGAAGGAUAAGAUUCCGCGCUCAGGUUGACGCGAAUCGGUCGCUCGAAAAAAAUUUUCCUACUAAUUUUAGGUCAAAAUUUAGGACGGUAAUGAAAUGAUUUCGAUGAAUUGUCCGUGGAGUGAGCGUUGGACCUUUGGUGGGUUGUUUCUACGAUUUUUAUAUUGUUUAGUGGGUGCAGUGGUAAUUAGUAAAUCGCUUGAGGGUUCACGUUUGAUAGCCGCUGGAGAAUGUGAUAUCAUUUUUUUGUUACAGUCUUGGUGUUUACAAAUUUAUGUAUUCACAAUUUUUUUUUAAGUUUUGUAAUUAGUAUGUUUAUAUAGUUCCGCUGCAAAAUAUUUGAUUGAUAUUAAAAAUUAA